AUGAGGGGCAGCUCGCGCAACGGCAGCAUGGAUAACCUCUCCUCCGGGCCGGGUUCCCCCGCGCACGGCGUGUCCAACGGAUCGCAGCACUCCAACGUCUACGUCAAGAACCUCUCCGAGGACGUCGACGAGCUCACGCUCAAGGGUGUCUUCGACAAGUUCGGCGCGGUGGAAUCGUGCUGCGUGAUCCGCGACGUCAGCACCAACUCCUCCAGGGGGUUCGGCUUCGUCAAGUUCAUGCAGGUGCACCAGGCCGAGGCGGCGAUCAAGGAGAUGAACGGCAAGGUCAUCCGCGGCAAGGUCCUGGAGGUCAAGUUCGCCAACUCCGACAGCAGCGCCACCACCGCCGCGUCGGGCGUGGGCACGAUAUCCGACAACAUCUACGUCAAAGGUUUGCCCCCGCUGUGGACCGAGGUGGAACUCCGCGCGUUCUUCAAGAUCUUCGGGACGAUCAUCGAGUGCCGCCUGCUGCACGCGUCGGGAACCACCACCGCCGGCGCGUUGAUCCGCUUCUCGUCCAUGGAGCAGGCCGCCAGCGCGGUGGUCACCGCCAACGGCAGAGUCCCCGCGGGUGGGCAGGUUCCGCUGGUGAUUCGGUUCGCCGACUCGCACUCAAAGACGCGACGAUCGUCCAAGUCCGAGCGGAACCUCGCGGCGCUGCCCGGGGGCGGUCCGUCCGGGGUCGGGGGUGGAAGCGGGCACGGGAUGAACGGCCUGGGCGGGUCCAUCGGCAACGGCUUGGUGGACAUACCCGGCGCCAACGGCGGCGGGUCGAGGGAUUCCAGCUUUCGGGGCGGCUCGCAGCAUCACCCGGGCGUGGUGUCGCCGGGCACCGCGCUGAUCAGCCUCAUCGCGAACAACGCCGCCGCGGCGGGGGGAUCCGCGCACGGAUCCCUGGACAUCGCGUCCAUGCUGCUCGCGCGGCAGAACGCCGUCACGGCGGCGGCGCUGCUCCAGCAGCAGCAGCAGCAGAUGGCGGCGACGGCGGAUGGCUCGUUCCGAAACGGGUCGUUUCACGUGGGCAGCGUGGACAGUGCCAGCUCCUACGGCGACGACAGCUUCAGGCGCGGGAGCCACAGCCCGUACAUCUCCAACAGCGGCCUGGGCGGGGGCGUCAACGGCGGGAACGCGUCGGGGUUUGGCGGCGCGCUCAACGCGCUCCAGCAGCAGCAGCAGCAGCAGCAGCAGCAGCAGCAGCAGCAGCAGCAGCAGCAGCAGGUCCCUCGCGGCGGCGGGGUCAACGGCGGGGUCAACGGCGUCGGCGGCCUCUCCGCCAUGUUCGCCGGGGGCAUGGACAUCGCGGGUUCCCCCUCGCGCGCCACGGGGCCGAGCACCCAGGGCAUAACCUUCGGCACCGGCGCCCCAACCCCCGCGUCCAACGCGCUCGACAAGUCCAGCCGCGGGAGCAGCGUCCGCGGGGGCAACGCGUUCGGUCCGGGAUCCUUCGCGUCGGCGUCGGCGUCGUCGCUGCCAAACGUGGUGUCGCCCGUGGGGUCGUACGACAAGGGCGGCCUGUGGUCCGCGAUGGGUGCGGCGGGCGGCGGCGGAUCCGCGGCGGCGGCGGCGGCGGGGGGGGGUGUCGGCGGCGGACCGGGCAGGUCCUCGUUGGACCCGCUCGACCGCGCCGAGACUCCGGGGAUCUCCGCGGCGGAAGCCGCGCACCUCCUGGACUCUCUCGAGGAUGCCGAGGACGACGUCGCGGCGUUCGUGCCCUUCGGCGGCCGGCCGGCCGGCCCGGGGGUCGAUCGAUCGGGUCCGUCGGUCGCGGACGGACCUCGCGCCCUCGUCGUCUCGGGGCUACCCGCGGGCGCCGACGAGCUCUGGGUUUACAAAAAUUUCGCCCCGCACGGGGCGGUGUUGGAGGUGGUUCUCGAGGAGGGAGGCGGCGAGGCGACCGUGAAGUUCGCCAAGGGCGGCGACGCCGCGGUCGCGCUGAGAUCCAUGGACGGGCGCGACGCCCUGAGCGUCGUCGCCGCCGAGGCGAGCUCGCCCGCCGCGAAUUGA